ACAAAAUAUCCAUAAGUUCCAACUUCUUAAUUGCAUUUCAUCAAAGAAACCUCUUCUUAGCUCCUAUGUUCAAUAUUAUAACUUAGACUUCCUUGAUUAUUCCCACAUGCCUUUAAAACGUUACAAAUAAACACUUCUUCUAUUUAUACAUGGAAUGGUUUAUCAAUAGUGUUAAUCACAAGCCCUUCAAUCAAAUGGGGUUCAUUUCUUGCUUCCUCUUUUCCCUCGCUUUCUUUUCUCAUCAUGCUCUAACGGCAAAUGCAUUCACUGGAACAUACGGUGUAAACUACGGAAGAAUAGCCGAUAACCUACCACCACCGGAAAGUGUAGUAACCCUCCUCAAAGCCGCGAAAAUAAAGAACACAAGAAUUUACGACGCUGAUCAUAGUGUCCUAACCGCGUUUGCAAAUAGUGGAAUUGAAAUAAUAGUAGGACUAGGGAACGAAUUCUUGAAGGACAUAGCCGCAAAUGGAGAACGCGCCGUAGAUUGGAUCAAAGAGAACAUAGAACCAUUUGUUCCCAAGACUAGAAUCGUUGGAAUCGCGGUAGGUAACGAAAUUUUAGGCAGCACGGGCGGGCAAGACCUAUGGGAAGCCUUAGUACCCGCGGUAAAAAACAUGUACCUAGCCCUCGAACGCCUUCAACUAGCCAAUUCAAUACAACUCUCUAGCCCUCACUCGGAGGCCGUGUUUGCCACGUCCUUCCCUCCCUCGUCGGGGGCAUUUAGGGAAGAAAUUAUGCCUUACAUGAGACCACUCUUACAAUUUUUCUCCCAAGUUGGCUCCCCUUUUUACAUAAAUGCCUACCCUUUUUUAGCCUACAUUAGUGAUCCUACACAUAUUGAUGUUAACUAUGCCCUAUUUAAGAAAAACCCCGGGAUUUUCGACACAAAGACGAGACUUCAUUAUGAUAACAUGUUCAUGGCACAAAUCGAUGCAGCUUAUGCAGCACUAGAGAAGGUAGGGUAUACCAAGAUGGAGGUGAUCGUGUCCGAGACCGGGUGGGCUUCCAAGGGGGAUCCGAAUGAAGUCGGAGCUACGUUGAAAAAUGCUAGGACGUACAAUUAUAAUCUAAAGAAGUUGUUGUACAAGAAGAAAGGAACUCCUUACAAACCUCAUACACCUAUUAAGGCAUAUAUUUUUGCCUUGUUUAAUGAAAAUUUGAAGCCUGGACCUACUUCUGAGAGAAACUUUGGGUUGUUUAAGCCUGAUGGUAGCGUUGCUUAUCAUAUUGGUUUUACUGGGAUUAAUUCAGCUCCUUCAUUAAAGGCACUUGGAGCACAAGGGUGGUUUGGAUGCUCCUACUUGUUUCUAAUUACAAUAUGCACGGCAUCAAUACUUUUGAAUGUAAUCUCCUAAUUUUUUGGGGAUUUUUUUUUAUUAUUUAUUAUUAUUUGUGUAGCCUGUUAUAUAUGUGUACAUGGAGAACUUUAGAGCUAAUGCAAUUUUAUAAAGUGUGUAUGAAAUUAAUUCUUUGUACAAAUAUACCAAAUUUCAUAAUUUAAUUCUGAACGGCCUGACUAGUGCUGACUUUGAUUAAAGAAAUUUCUGUGUGUAUACCCCUCCCCAACUUCUAAAGAAC